AUGGUUGAAGUCUUUGAAUUUUCCACAGAAAAUGGUGAGUUAUCCCAUGAACUUGGUAAAUAUAUUAUUAGGAAACAGAAUGAGGCACUGAGUAAAGAAAUGACAUUUAAUGUCGGUAUUGGACAAGAUAAGGAUAACGAUACAAUAAUCAAGAACUUACGUAAGUGCCUAAUUGAAGACGAAGAUAUAUCAAGACAAGUCCGUUGGAAAGAAUGGGAAAUUUUUUUCUGUAAUGAGUAUCUAGUGCCAUUAAAUUCAGCUGAAAGUAAUUACGGGCUUUUUAAGAGGGAAAUAUUGGAUCAUUUGGUACAUGUAGAUGGCCAUUUAAAUCUUGGUCCUACAGUUUUUACGAUUAACGAGUCUCUGGUAUUAGGAGGGAAUCGUGAUGGAAAUUUUAAACAUAGAGAGAAGAUAGUUCGGGAGUAUGAAAUGCUACUAAAAAAAAUUUUGAUUUAUUAUUAA